UGUGACCAUCCUCUAUCUAGUUUUCAAACCAAAUACAAUUCUACAGGAUUUUUCUGAUGUAAGAUUAGUCUACAUGAGACGUUUGUUUGUCAGGACUUAAAUCCAGUUUUGAUAUUUAAAAGGACGUUUGAUUGCGCUGGUCUAACUGUUCUUUAUCUGAACGCCGUGACGAAGUAACUACCGUACACAUUUAGUUUCAUGUUUUUUAUUUUAAGAAACGUUGAAGAAAUAAUUGCUUCCACGAUGGAUCGGAGAGGUGUUUAUCUCUGUCGGUGCGGCGCAUGAAGAAGCCCGGUGGCUGAACCGACUCUGACAACAUAUCCCAAGAGAGCUAUGUUUCCUUGAAACAGAAUGUUACCAUCUCUGAUGUCCCUCUGGAAGGCAACUGGACAUUGGCGAGUAGUAUACUCGGAAACGGUGGGCAAAGUGCACGCCUACGGCGCCUGACCAGGAGGCCGCUCAGUCCGCCUUUUCUGCGGCAACAUUGUUUUGGGUCGGCUUCUGGGAUUAGAUCCACUGUCCUGGGUGGUGGUCCGAACUAAGGAUCCGCUUCGGGAAAGUCGUAUUCCUGGUCGUAAUGUUGGACAGAGCUAGUCCGUCCCCCUCCAACCUGUCGGAGUCCCCUGGUCACAACUCUCCUGGUAGCGCCUUACUGCUGGGUCUGAAGAGGGUGUCUGUGCGGCUGGUCGACUGCAGGAAAACACCAGGGCAGAGUGGAGCUGUGAGUAAAGGACACGAGGAGGGAGAUGGAGAUCUGAUUUCAUCAAGGGACUCUCCUAACCGUCGCUCUCUCAGUGGGAGGGACUUAUCAUCUGGGGAGCUUCAACAACAACAUGUUGCUGACGAGGCAGAGAAGAGUGUCUCCCAAUCAGAACACCUCAAACACCAGCACAGACGUACAGGGAAGAAAUCUCACCACAGCUGCUCUGACUGUGGGAAGAGUUUCACUACACGGAGGUCCUUCAUAAUUCACCUGCGUAUUCACACCGGAGAGAAGCCUUAUCACUGUGAUCAGUGUGGGAAGUUCUUUGCUCGAGCUUCCAACCUGACUACACACCAGCGAACACACACAGGAGAAAAGCCUUACAGUUGUGAUCAUUGUGGGAAGAGUUUUGCUGCAUAUAACACCUUUAAAUAUCAUCUGAGAAUUUAUGAAGGGGAGAAGCCUUACCCCUGCCUUGAUUGUGGGAAAAACUUUGUUAAUGCAGGAGCCCUAACCAUACACCAGCGUGUACACACAGGAGAGAAGCCUUAUAGCUGUGAUCAGUGUGGGAAGAGCUUUGCUGUAGCUUCCACCCUGAUUAGACACCAGCGCAUACACACUGGAGAGAAGCCAUAUAGCUGUGAUCAGUGUGGAAAGAGCUUUGCUGUAUCAGAUAAACUAACUAUACACCAGCGCAUACACACAGGAGAGAAGCCUUAUAGCUGUGAUCAGUGUGGAAAGUGCUUUGCUUUAGCUUCCACCCUGAAUAAACACCAGCGCAUACACACUGGAGAGAAGCCAUAUAGCUGUGAUCAGUGUGGAAAGAGCUUUGCUCGAGUUUCCACCCUGACUAUACACCAUCGAACACACACUGGAGAAAAGCCUUAUAGCUGUGAUCAGUGUGGAAAGAGCUUUGCUUUAGCUUCCACCCUGACUGCACACCAGCGAACACACACUGGAGAAAAGCCUUAUAGCUGUGAUCAUUGUGGAAAGAUCUUUGCUGAGUCAGGGACCCUGAAUACACACCAGCGAACACACACUGGAGAGAAGCCUUAUAGCUGUGAUCAGUGUGGAAAGAGCUUUGCUGAGUCAGGGACCCUAGUUUCACACCAGCGAACACACACUGGAGAGAAACCCUAUGUCUGUCUAUGUGGAGAGAGCUUUGCUCGUUUAGGGCAAAUGAAAAAACACCAGAAAGCUCAAAUUUGCCAUACUUCAUCUCCCUCCUAUCCGGACUGUUCCAGAUCCCUAAAUAAAGGAUCAAUAGAAAACAUCUAGUGAACAGUCAUAUCCAUCUCCCAUUCUUAAACAGUUGCCUCAGUCUGAUCACCAUGGUAACCUCUGUGCAGCAUAAUAUGCAGCUCUGAUCUAGGAUCAGGUCUCCCCUGUGUCUAUGUAAUAUCACACAUUGAUCUAAAUG